GUCAUCGUAAGCCGGUACGAGAAGCACAGAACAGACGGUGUGUGUGCGCUCUCGAGCUUAGUGCGGUACCCAAGACAUCUUUCGCUUUCAAGGUCAACGCAACAACCUGGUGGUACCGUGUGAUGGCAGCCUAGCUCGGUCGUUGUAUAACACCGACCAUCGGCCGUUUCGAUAUCGUGGUCGAUUUGUUUUCCAGUUGGUUUUCUUAAGUUAGUACUACUUUGGUCGAAAAAGUUUGUGGUGUUUCAAAGGUGUUUUGUGACAGUUUUUUUAGUUGUGUUGGAUAACGAUUUUACAAAGGAUUUAUUGAUGAUGAUCACGAUAACUCCAUAAUUUCCUCACUCAAAUGGAAUCAAAAGUACAAUUGCCGACCAGCCUCAGUUCUAGCAGGGCCAAGCGUAUCGCUCCCGCCAUUUCCCUCACCCUAUAAUGAUGCCAUCUCGUUCUACGCCCAAUCUACAUCAGCCCAAGAACGUUCCAGAUUACACUAGUACCGCUUUCCACCGUCUGCCGCAGAGGGCGGGCGCGGCGCCUGGCGGUGAGAGAGAUGACGACUCGCCUCCGCCAGCGCCACCUGUACGCGAUUCCUCCAGUCUUAAGUCAAUUAAGUACGGUCCUGGACACGAGAAGUUUCCCUCUUGGCCUGUGCCCGCGGCAGCAGAGACCACCUCCCGCGCCUCAUCGGGAGGAGGUUCCACCAGAUCCAAAUCCUGGACUGAUCACACCAACUAUCCCAAGGAAAAGGUAGUGGCUUACACCAGGCCUUACAUGAAAAGGCAACCUUCUCAGUAUACUCAACAGAAACUGAAAACUGUGAUGGAACGCUGCGAGAAAAUUCCCCCCGAAACGUUCGAGUCGCGUCACCAGGAGAAAAUCUCCGAUCGCCUCUACUUGCCCAACGUCGACCACGACGGAAACCCAUUAGGUGACGCGGACUACAUGGUACCCUCUCCACCCGAGCGCGAGUUCUCCAAACCCCAACUCACCCAAAAAGACUUGGAAGAAUACGCACUAUCCUAUCAAGACCCCGUCAAAUUCUCUUACGAGGACUCCAAGAAAGGUACUCACCGGUUGACAGAGAGUGGCAUAGAGGAAUUCAUGGAGUACAACAGGAACUAUGAAGAAUCUCUGUUCAAUUCGAUGUCUAACAAGAAUGAAGACGGUAUUUUAACGCAUAUACAUCACCAGAAACAAGUUUCGUAUGCACAAAGUGAAGGUUAUCACAGUUAUGUGUCGAGUACCGAUUCAACAUCGACGCCGUUUUUGGACAGAUUGAGGCGAGAUAGUGAGGCAGUAGUUUCACGUCCCAACUCUUCAGCAACUUGGGAGGAGGAAUCCUCCUGUUCUAGACGAGAAGGUGGGAGAGAUAGUGUGGUGACGACUAGUUCUGGUAGCGCGUCGUCUAGUGAGACACUCAAAUGGCACGGUUCAAUGAGCGACGUGUCCGUAGCAAGCAGUUCCUGUACCCACCUAGCCAGCAGCCAGUCCAGCCCCUCGUCCAGGCAGCUCAUAGCUCAUAGUGCCCGCGUCCAAACGCCCCAAAGACACCAUUCCGAAAGUAUUUUGUACAUGAGCGGUCAAGCCGACGGUCAGCAGCACGCGAAAGACGGUUGGACGGAAAAAGAAAACCGGAACAAUAUAGUGAAUAAGUUGAAACUGUUUCCGGUGACCACGUAUACGGUGCAAGAGAAUAGUGGAGAUAAUAGACAGCUAGAAAAUAGUAGUGUUAAUAGUAGUGCUAAGAAUAAUAGGCUAUCGAUAUCGUUACAAUCGGCCCUCUCCGUAGCAGAUAGAAUUAGCGAAUUAGAAAAGCAACAAAGGUACUCGUACUUAGACCCUAACAAGAAACACAAAGUUCCUGACCCUACUCUUAAGGCGAUCCAGAAGAAAGCGUUGCUCUCGUUCUACGAGCGACACCAACAGAACAACGGCACCACUGGCAGCAACAAGAACACCUGGAGAUCGGAGCCGCAGCUGGCUCAGAGCCAGCAGCCGCUCAGCGUCGCUCCUCAGACCCCAAAGGUGAAGGUGUCGUUGCCAUCGCGAAGGGCGUCGUCGGCUAGUGAUUACGCUUCGGCGAAUAAUUCGAAGAGGAAUAGUUUGGCUUCGUCUUUGGAGUCGAAGACAACCGAUAGUAUUGCAAAUGGAAUGGUUAGCCCCCGGCACCAACACAGCAACUCCUGCGGCAGCCUCUCCACCGAUCUCCUCGGUCCAGUCAUCGUAGGCCCAUCGAUCUCCGUCGACGACUACGUGCCAGGGAAACCGCCCGAACGGCCGCCCAAGAACCCCAAUUUGCGCACGGCCUAUCCCGAUCUGUUCCAGGAACAGCGCGUCUCCAGCCCAGACCUGCCUCCCCCUUCACCGCCAACCGUUUUGGAGCAUGAGGUGUUUGACAAUGACACGCCGUUACCGCCACCUCCGCCAGAGUGUGAGAACGAUUGGCAGCAACAGUUUAGUGACAGGUUGAAAGAGAACACGACCUCCAGCCACCAGAUACCUCAGCCCCAAGUGCAGAAACCGCAGCCGGAGCCGCGGAAGGGCGCCGCCCUAAAUCAAACCGUGGGCAUCCCCGAGCGCCACAUGCGGUACUCGCUGAUCAAGACGAAGCCGGGCGACCACAUCAUCCAGCAGGUCAGCAGCAAGCCGUACCAGGUGGCCGCCCCGGUCGAACACAAGAACUUGAAGCCGGAACAAGCGUUCGGGUUCCUCAGCCAGAGGGGGUACGCGGAGAGAGCUAGUACUAGGUAUCCUCCUAGUCAAAAAUUAGUCUUGAACGGUAACAUAGCUAUAAGUCAAAAAGUAAAUGGGCUAGCUGACCAACAUCACUCUGAACAACUCAAACCUAUACACAGAGACGAUUUUAAGAAGCAACCAAUAUCACCACCAUCAAAGUCAGAUAUUCAUAAGCAACAGAGGGCCUCAAUUGCCGAAAGUCCUGUGAAGGAAACACCCCCACCGCUACAGCCCAGACACAUGAGAAUCAACCAGAGCAUGAGAGUCAAAAUGCCACACGAUCACAGAUCCAGAAUGUCACCACCAAAAGAAGGCGUCAGAGAGACCCGAUCGGCAUCAAUGAGUCAAUCCAAAGCUUCAUACUUGGCUUCCCGUCGUGACCGUGAGCUGAUAGUUUCCGACUCCGAAACAGGCAGCUACAAACGUACCAUGUCACCCAACGGUCACGCCCUCCCCACCGAGGUGAUUACCGAGUCACAGAAAACCAACAGCCGAGAAACCGUCUGGCCGUUGAUUCGUCAAAGCAGGGACUCGAUGAAGACUACCAACGUAAUACGGAAGUCCUCCAUGAGCGAGAACAAAAACAAUCGAAGUUUCAAGGACGUGAAAUGCGAAUCAAAGGGCGAGAUACCCAAGAAACCAAACUUAGCUUUACCCGAUGUACUUCCGGUCAAUGCGAAGAUGAUUCCCAGAUCUCCACAGCAUCAUAGCACACGGCCCACUCAUCUUAGUUUAUCUACGAUGAACGGGGAAGGUGUAAUUAAGAAAUCUCCUAUUAAGUCACCUCCGUCUUCGCCUUCUAAAAGUCCUUCGAGGAGUUCUCCUUUUGCACCUCUACGUACAACGAAUCUUUCUUCCCCACCGUUUAUUGUUUCUUCGAUAAAUUCUUCACCGAUAUCGUUCAGAUCUUCACCACCUGUCACGUCCACCCCAACGUCUAAACCAUCAAGUACAACGUCUACAUCGACGAUAUCUUCGUCCCAGUCCCUCCCUAGAGAUCCCCCGCAUAUCAAGGCAAGUCUAUCACCUGCCAGCUCUCCUAUCAAGCUUUCACCACUUCGAAUUUCACCACCAAGUGCCUCGUUUUCGUCGCUAAGCUCCCCACUUCAGAUUUCGACGAAAUCAACUCAGAACUCUCCGUCGUCUUUGUCCUCGACACCUCCCAAAUAUUCGCCAACGGUUCCGGAAUCUCCGCCACCUCGAACGCCUUCGCCGAAGAAGAGCGACGAUUACCCGAAGGUUAUCGAGGGACUGCAAAUGAUCCAAAGAACUGAAGUAGUUUUAAGGGUGAAUACGUCGACUAGUGACGCUUCGUCGCAGACGGAAAAGGAGGAGUUGCCUCCCACGCCGCUUCCCACGAGGAAGAAGUUGCAGGAAGAGAUCGAGUGCGAGAAAUUAUCAGAGGACUUCGUUAAUCAUCUGCCUACAUCGGAUAGACUGAAAGAUCUUUUAGUACCAGGACCUGAUCACAAAAAACCUACAGACUACGUUCAAGGUCUUUUCAGAGUGGACGUGACCCUAAGACCUAGACCGGCAAAUUCUCCUUUCCGAAGUAGGAAUUCCACUCCGAGCAGUAGUCCCCCACCUGCAAAUACAUCACCUUCCUCACCGAAGUUAUCAGUUAGCAAAUUAAGUUUACCUGGCAACAGCUCCUCUUUAGUCGAACCUACAAGUCCAUUAUCAUGUUCGUCAGUUUACUUCACCACCUCGGAACCAAAAGCUAAAUUUUUAACGAGGUACAGUCAGGACAUGAACCAGUGCUACGUCGUUAAGGAUACCAAAGAUUUAACUCAAAAGAAGGAUGAACUAGUGAACCGCCUGGAUAAAAAGUUGCAAGUCCUUCGAAGCGAAGCACUCCUGGUCUCGGAGGAAUGCAAAAUCAACGAUGAGCUGGGUAUCAACGUGGAAAACUACAUCAAUAGAGUUGCCAGACCUCACGAAGUUUCCAAGUUUAGACUGCAUAUCGAAGAAGUUGGAAAAAUCACCAGUCUCUUACUAGGUUUGAGUGGACGAUUGGCAAGAGCAGAAAAUGCAUUGAUGACGAUGGCAGAGGAUCAUCCAGAAAGGAGGAUCUUGGAAUCUAAACGGGACAAGCUUCAAGACCAGCUGGAAGAAGCCAAGAAACUGAAAGAAUGCAUAGAUAAGCGAAGCGUAAACGUCUCUAAUAUUUUAUAUAAAUAUCUAAACUCGGAGGAAUAUUCUGAUUACGAUCACUUCAUUAACAUGAGGGCCAAACUAAUCAUGGACUCGAAGGAGAUCAACGAUAAAAUCAAGCUGGGCGAGGAGCAACUGGGUGCCUUAAGAGAAACUUUGAUCAUCACGGACUGAUUUUAUUUAUAGAUUUUAAUGGGAACCUGUAAUGUUUAUGUAGUAGUAGGUUCGAAGUUUUCGUGAAGACAUAGAUGUGAUCAUUGAAUAAUUAUUAGAAAAUGUAAACUUAAUAUAGGUACAAAAUUCUUUUGUAGUUAACUUAAACGAAAAAUAUUUACAUACCACGUGACGUUUCUUCUUUUAAAUUUAUUUAUACAACUUUUUGUCCUGUCCGAGAGAAUCGUAUAAGGUAGAUGAUAUAUUUUUCACUUUUUUCUAUUUCAGUCAUUGUAGGAAUUACCUCGCAAAGGUUUUUUAAUUUGUUACUUGAGGCUGCUAAGUAUUUCAGUCUCUAUUUUUAGUAACAUUAAGGCUGAGCCUCUUACCGUUUAAGAAAAACGAAUAAGAUGGUCGAUAGCCGAUAACAGUCAGUCAUAAAAACGUCAAAUAGUUGCUGACUUAAUUUUAAAAUACUAAAAAAACAAUAAGGGCUGUUAUAUUUUUGUGCAUUUUAUGUAGUUAAUGUAAUUCUAAUCUUGGCAACUGUGUCGACAACGAUUGACUUAAUUUUAUUACACUUUUUGGAUAGAACAAACAAAAUAUGUGACUAAAUUCAAAGAAAUCUCUCUCUACAUUCGCUGAUCGACUGGUUGCCGAUUAACAUCUUCCUACCAAGUAUUUAAUAUAAUUUUAAAUGUAUAGUUUCGCGCAAAUUGAAAUUGUUUUAUUACAACGAUUCGUCUUCUAGUUUUAAUUGUUUUUAGACACCGACCUUUGUAAAUAUAAAAUUAUUUUUGUGUAUGUCUGUAUUGAAGAGAAUAUUAUGGUGCUCUGAAAUUUUGAACUCUAUUUGUAAGUUGUUAUUAUUGUGAUUUUAUUAGUCUACGAUUUAAAACCAUAAUUAUUGUAUUUUCUUAGAUUUUUUUAAUUUAUAUUAAGAUUAUGUUAUAUUAUACGAUCAUCAGUGUCAAUUGAAUUUGUAAACCAGCUUUAUGCAUUGCUUGCAGGUAAAUAAAAUCAUCUUU